CGCUCAGAUGAACGUGUCCCUCUAAAAUCAAGGGAGACUCAACCUUCAACACCAACCAUGGCUCGCUCCAUCAUCGUCUUCAGCCUCGCCAGCAUCGUGGCUCUCGGCUCAGCAAUCUUCACCAUCACCUCUUCGCCCCGCCUUCUAAAGCGCAGCACCUUAACUAUCGUCGCCUCCGGCAUAGCCCUCAUCAUCUUCGCCUCAACACGACACAUCCAGCUCCUCUCUCACCGCAGUCGCAAAAGAAGCACAAGGCGGCCUAAUCCCAAUUCGCAAAAUGAUCGCAUUCAGCGACCUCCUAUGGACUACAACCUAUUCGUCCUCGGCUCCGGCGGCCACACCAAGGAGAUGCUCAUGAUGAUGGACGACGGCUUCUGCGACUUUUCCCACUUCCACCGCCGCUAUCUCAUUUCCAGCGGCGACUCCAUGUCGGAGAACCAUCUCCACGACUACGAAGAGAGCCUGGCAUCCCUGUGCAAAUCUCGUGAGACCUCCCCCGGCACAUACGAUAAGCGCAUCGUCACCCGCGCGCGACGAGUCCACCAGCCGCUCUGGUCAACCCCCUGGACUGCACUGCUUAGCAUCGUCGAUAUAUUCCCCGCGUUGCUCGUCCCGCCGGAAAACGAAGUGGGGAGGAAGUUACGUUAUCCUAGCCGCGUCUUUUCAAACGGGCCGGCCACUGGCUUCUUUGUUGCGCUGGCGGUGCACCUGCUCAAAAUGACUUACAUUGUUCCCGAGAGCUGCAUGAAGGUCAUCUACAUUGAGUCUUGGGCACGCAUAUCGACUCUCAGCUUGACGGGCAAGCUCUUACUCUACACUGGCAUAGCAGACGUCUUUGUCACACAGCACCAAGAAGUGGCAGCUCGAUAUGGUGUGCAGAACGCAGGAGAAAUUGUCUUUAAUUCUCGCCGCUUGGAUGACAUAGAACCCAGCCCUGCAAAAUGCUAACAGAUCUUUGCCUUGUUUCUUUUUAAUAACCUUCUCCCUGAUUGUCUUCGUACACGUCAUAUAAUACAAGCAUGCCC